AUGAUCACAGGAUCGGCCAAGCUUGUGUCUGAAUUCUUCGAAUACUCAAUCAACUCCAUUCUUUUCCAGCGGGGUGUCUACCCUCCAGAGGACUUCACAACUGUCAAAAAAUAUGGCCUCAACAUGCUCGUGUCCGCCGACGACCAGGUGAAAGCUUACAUCAAGAGGAUCAUGUCGCAACUUAACAAGUGGAUGUCGGGUGGGAAGAUUUCAAAGCUCGUGGUGGUUAUUACCGACAAGGAAUCUGGCGAACAUGUCGAACGGUGGCAGUUCGAUGUCGAAAUCUUUAGCAGACAUUCCAAGAGCUCGAGCUCGCGGCGAUUGGGCGAUAAAGAGAACUCGGCUCCUGCCGAUGCGGAAGCCCAGCCAGCCGAGCCGGUUGAGAAAACUGAAAAGGAGAUUCAAGAGGAAAUCCAAGCUAUUUUCCGGCAGAUCACCGCCUCGGUAACUUUCCUUCCCGUUUUGGAUGGGGACUGCACUUUCAACGUCCUCGUCUACGCCGACGCCGAUUCGGAAGUGCCGGUGGAAUGGGGUGAUAGCGAUGCCAAGGAGAUCAAAAAUGCUGAGAAAGUGCAGCUGCGAAGCUUCAGCACGAACAACCACCGGGUGGGCACUCUUGUCAGCUACCGUCUAGCAGACUAA